AUGGUCUCCCGCGUUGCGUCUGCGCUCGCCCUCGCUGCCACCGUUUCGGCGCGCAAGAUGACGGUGUACAACAACUGCCCGUUCACGAUCUGGCCGGGCAUGUUCACGAACCCGCAGCUGAACACUGAGUUCCCGGACCACCCCAACGGCUGGGAGGCGCCUGCAUACUCCUCGGUCACCUUCAACGUGCCCGACCACUGGACCUCUGGCCGUAUCUGGGGCCGCCGCGACUGCGACUUCUCCUCCGGGUCGACCGAGCCCUCGACCUGCGUCUCCGGCGGCUGCCUCGGCGGCCUCGUCUGCGACAGCAACGCCGGCACGGGCGUCCCGCCCGCCACCGUCGCCGAGUGGACGCUCGGCGACGUCCAGGGCCUCGACAACUACGACGUCUCCCUCGUCGACGGCUACAACCUCCCCAUGCGCAUCGACAACUCCGGCGGCUGCGGCGUGCCCGACUGCCCCGUCGACCUCGGCCCGAACUGCCCGGACAACCUGAAGGGGCCGUUCAAUGCGGACGGCUUCCCGGUCGGGUGCAAGAGCGCGUGUCUGGUGGACCCGAACCCGUCGAACUCGCCCGCGUGCUGCUCGGGUCAGUGGGCGGGUGGCCCGCAGGACUGCCCGUCUUCGGGCUCCUCGUCGUACGACUACUUCAAGAGCAACUGCCCGAACUCGUAUGCGUACGCGUACGAUGAGCCGUCCGGCACCGCGCUCUGGUACUGCGAUGCCUCCAAGGCUGUCGGUGAGUGUCUUCGUUUCUGCAUCUUCGAAGAACAUGGUUGA